AUGGUCGACUACAAGAGAUGGAUGAAAGAGGUUGAUGACAAUACUAAAAUCACAAAAUUGUCAAUUCCAGGAACCCAUAACUCAGCGGCCUGCCAUACUGCUUUGCCUUCAGUUCAGUGCCAAGGAAAGUCAAUCACUGAUCAAUUGAACCAUGGUGUGAGAUUUUUGGAUAUAAGGGUGGGUAAGUUAUUUUUGAAGGAGGGUGAUGAAGCGAAGGACUUACAGGUUAUUCAUGGUAAAUUCCCUGUCAAGAUACCAUUUCCCUUGAAGUUAACUGAUGCUUUAAAAGAAGUCUACGAGUUUUUGGAACACAAUAAGUCAGAAACUGUUAUUGUUUCUCUUAAGCAGGAGGGCUCUAAUGAUUGGAACAAUAACAAGGAUGAGUUUGGGAACUUGAUAUGGGAUAAGUAUAUCAACAAUCAUAAAAAUAAUUGGUACUUGAACCCACAACUUCCGAAAUUGAAGGACACAAGAGGGAAGGCUAUACUUUUCCGUAGAUUUGGUGUCAACGACGAAAACAAGAGAAAACAAUUUGGUUUCGAUGCGGCAUCUUGGAAAUACAAUACCACCGAAGAUGAUCGUGGUAGCUUUGUUGUACAAGAUUUCUGUGAGAUUCAAAGUGGUGACGAUAUAAAGAAAAAAGUCAAGUACGUAAAAGAUUUAGCGAAGAAAGCAGAGAACUAUCUGAAGAACCAUGACGACAAGUUAUAUAUAAACUUCACUUCGGGAUCCAACUUUUUUGACCACGAAUGCUGGCCAGAGAAGGUUGCGGAGGCUAUGUCAAAAGGUGGAAUCGAAGACGUUUACGCUAAAGGAGUCGGUAUAAUAGUUUUGGAUUACAUUGAAAAAAAUGACUGGAAAUUGUCUAAAGAUUUGGUCGACAAAAAUUUUAAAUAG